UAAGCGACCGAGCUUCACGAAGGCUUACAAUCAGGGGCAAGAACAUCGCCGAGCGCUCUUGAUCUCCGAGUCAAUGAUCCUUGACCUUACUCAAUGACCCCAAAGCGGUCAGAGCGAUUACAAGCAAGUGUUCAUCCUGCUGAUGAGCCUCGGGACGACUUUGAUGCCGACGAAUGUGGCCGAGCUGGGUAUGGGAAUGGUUGUUGAGAGCGACAACUCGACGCGAGUGUACCUCUGCUCAAUUUCGACUGCAGUCGUAUUCCACUCGUCGCAAUCUGACACACACCGACAAGAAGACCCUACAUUUCAGAUCAGUUUCACUGGACGCAGGGACCGCUGGAUGUGUCUGCACGAAUCAUGCGGUCGCAUGAAGCCGGUCACUACACGCACAUUUUCCGGCUGCAACCAAGAUAAUUGGCGCAUUGAUGCAUCUCUUGAGUCCUCACUUCGCGACAGUGAACCCACCGUACUAACAUCAUCCAGAUGUAGCCUGCCAUGUAUGACAUUAUUGGCUGCGACGUCCAACGAGGAUACCGGUAAGACUGCGCCUUAUCGCAAAAGCCUCUUGGUAUCAAAGCGUGACGGUGACGACGACGAUCAGGAGAUGUUGAGAGAUUCCCAACGGCGACAUGCAGCCUAUGAGAGACGUAGAGUGCCUGGCAGCAGACCCAAGACUUUCAAGCACCGAGGACAAGCCUCAUCCCAGACCAGAUCAGCCGUAUCAGCCUGCAGGAUCAUUUGAGGAUGACCUUCUCGAAGGCGUCCCGGGCUGCACACAAUCGUCGAUCACACCGCUUGCGCACGAUUUGCUCGGGCGCAACGCUCGCAACACACAACGACGCCUCGUGGGACGCCACAAAUAAAUCCACAAGGCGCAUUGCCCUUCGACGCUGCGGCACCUCGCUCUUAUUACUUCUCAUUCGGUGGAUCGACCGCCCAAAUUCUCCGAGGAUUAAGAAACUUGUCAAAAAGGAAAUUCCGAAAUGUCCCCACAUUCAACAUCU